AUGAUCACGGCCAAACUAGCAGAGGACCUUAACCUCGGUCGUGUUCGACUAGCCUCUAGGCCCUCCUUCGUUUCACCGCUUGGGUUAGUCCCUAAGCACGAUGAGGGAUGGCGCCGUAUCCAUGACCUAUCUUGGCCCCCUGGACAGGGCCUUAACCAGGGCAUACCCGACUCCUGGUUAGCUAUCGAAUAUAUGUCAAUCGACAAGAUCUAUGAGCAAGUCAUACAAUCUAGCCCAGGUUGCACAAUCAUCAAGAGAGAUAUUAAGGACGCCUUCCGAAUAGUCCCUGUUGCCGAGGAUAACCAGUAUCUCCUUGCCUUCCAGUGGAACGAUUCCACUUAUGUUGAAUGCUGUCUCCCCUUUGGCCUCGUAACGGCUCCAUUUCUCUUCAACCUCUUCGCCGAGGCACUCCAUUGGAUACUCCAAUGCCUCCUACCUUUAUUCUACAUCAAUCAUUACCUAGACGACUUCAUCGUAAUUACCCAGUCUCCCUUAGUGCCCGACCCCACGGGUCCCUUCGACGAGGUUUAUAACAGAGUCACCGACUACCUACGUAUCCCUCGCAAUACUAAAAAGGACCGGCAAGGAACCUGCGCUAUAGUCCUAGGUAUCUAG